GCCCUGCCCCGUGUCCCCGCACGGGACACAUCCCUGUGAUCUGCCCUGGGCACCUCCUUCCCCAUCCUCGCUGCAUUUCAUCACCCUCCUGCUAUAAAUGUCCCACAGAGCCAUGGCCACAGCGGGGACCCUGCAGGGAGCUGAGCCUGGCUCUGCACAGCCCAGCUUGCCUGAGCCUGGCUCUGCACAGCCCAGCUUGCUUUGCCAUGAAGGUCACAGGCACCUCGGUGCUCCUGGCACUGGCAGUUCUGUGCCUGGCACUUUCCACUGCAGAUGCUGCCACGCACCAUGAGGUGGAUUGCAGCGAGUACAGGAGGCUGCAGAGGGGGAGGCCCAUUUAUUGUGAGAGGCUCUACCAACCCUUCUGUGGCUCUGAUGGCAAAACCUACAACAACAAAUGUUCCUUCUGCAAGGCUGUGCUGAGGAGCAGAGGGGCUCUGCACAUGAAGCAGGCAGGAGCCUGCUGAGGGAGCUCUGCAGAGAACAGCUCACACAGAACACACUGCCCCAUUCCAGAAUUCCCUUCAUUCCUGGAUUCCCUCCAUCCUGAAGAGAACAGCUCACACUGCCCCAUUCCUGAAUUCCCUCCAUCCCUGAAUUCCCUCCAUCCUGCAGAGAACAGCUCACACUGCCCCAUUCCUGAAUUCCUCCAUCCUCUGAGAACAGCUCACACAGCUCACACUGCCCCAUUCCUGAAUUCCCUCCAUUCCUGAAUUACUCCAUCCUGCAGAGAACAGCUCACCUGCUCCAUUCCUGAAUUCCCUUAAUUCCUGAAUUCCCUCCAUCCCUCCAUCCUCUGAGAACAGCCCACACUGCCCCAUUCCUGAAUUCCCUCC